UUUUGUUUUGUUAUUCUUGUUAAACAUGGCCGCGACCAGCUCGCAUGUGUGCCGGCGUGACUGAACCUACGUAACUGAUAAGUUCAGUGACUGAAAAUUCAUCGAUCCAGAUGGGCAAGGCGAAAACGAAAAAACUUACGUCCCGACGCAUUAACCCUACUGGAAUACCGUCGGCUCGUGACAUGAUAGAAGAGGCAGUACUCCAGGAGGCAAAUGUCAACAGCUCUGUCGACGAGCUGUGCGACAUGCUCCAAGGUAGUAAACUAGAAGAACGAGAAUGUGCGGCAAACAUUAUGGCCGGUAUUGCAAAAGACCCUGCCUCGUGCGAGUCUCUUUUAAAAGCACCUGUUAUACGUACAGCAGCGCCACUUCUGCUUGACAAGAACGUUGCUGUGCGACACAGCAUUGCUGGAGCACUUCGAAACAUAAGUGCCAUUAGCCAUGAAGCAUGUCAUGCACUUAUCGAUUUCGAUGUGAUGACACCAUUAGUAGGCCUUCUAAAACAGUACAAUUCUCCCUGGAAGCCUGCUGAACAGCAAGAGAAAAUAGAUUCAAAGACAGAGGUUUUUUAUGAAAGCGUACAUUUAUUGUGGAAUUUGUGUGAGAGCAGCGAGACCUCCGUUUCUGUAUUCAACCGAGAAAGGUUAUGGACAGUGUUGCUUCCCUGUAUGAAUGUGGGCAAAUAUGGCACAAGGAUAGCAACAGCUGUGGGUCAUUGCUUGCAUGCAGCUUCUGAGGAUAAUGCAGAGCUGGCUGAGUGUCUGAACGACUUUGGAGCUGGAAUUUUCGAAAAUUCAUCACAAGAUCCCGGUGUCAUACUACUUCAGGUACUCUCAGCAGGGAUCCUGAUAAAUAUCAGAGAAGUUCAGAAUGUACCCUUGGUGCCUGCUGUGCUGCCACUCAUCCCUAUUUUGACAAAAGCACUGUCUCUGCCAAUACUUGAUCAAAUCAAGACACUGUCGGAAAAGGUGGCUGAGCUUCAAGCUGCCACGAAACAGAAAAAUGUGGACACAGAAGACGUGGAAGAAAAAGAGAAGACCAUUGAUGGGAUCGUUGCGUUGAUUUUGGAUGCUUUGAUGGCCAAGCAAACUGCCCUGGAAAUUCUUUCCAACCUCUGCUGUGGAGAAGGUGAUCAAGAGUCUGAAUAUGUUGACAUUUCUGACGACAGUUCUGAUACGUUUGAUGGUGAUAUGGAGACUGAAGAAACUUCUGCCAUUUUCCCCCUCAAUAUAUCGCCUGAAUUUCACGAGGCUCUGAUGGCACAAAACAUUGUCUACAAGGUCCUGGACCAUGUGAGCCAAAUGGAUGACGCAUUUGGCAGUUGUCUCGGUGAACACAAGCUUUCAGCUACGGUGCCUAGAAGGGUUCAUGCAGUUAGAUGUCGUGCCUUGCUUUGCAUUGGCAAUAUGGUUCAGGCUUUGGCUCCAGAAGAUCUUGGUGGAAUUCCUGGUUUGGUUAGCAUGUGGACAUGUUUGGCACAACUGGCAUUUGUGCAAAUGGAUACCAAAGACCUUGAACUCUUGGAGGCAAGCACCAGUGCUUGCAGGUCAGUGUUGCAGACUCUAGCCUCAUCUUUUGCCAGCACUGGAAAUGGUGGCACACCACCUCUGCCUAGUGUGUCAGAUGAAGAACUUAGAGUACUCACUCAAGUGGGCCUGCAAUGUUCUGAACCAUCUGUAAGGACUAAUGUGACCCGCAUCAUGGCCACAUUAGGUUGCCUGUUGGGUGCACAUGAGACCAAUGUCCUCAAGAAAGUAGGCCAGCACCUUUUGGAAGUUUCCUUCAAGGACCCUGACACUGUGGUGGUAACAGAAGCACUGGAUGCUAUUUUCGAUGUAUUCGGAGAAGACUCAACUGAUACAGUUGCCAGAGAGAUCGAAUUGGUGGCAAAGUUGCGGCAAGUGCUACCUGCCUUUAAAAGCAAGGUAAAGCAAGCAAAGUCGACAUUGCCAAGUCACUACCCAGUGAUCGUCACAGCGAAAACAAAUUUUAUACGGUUUCUCAAGUACAAGACACAAAGGAGAGGAAUGCAGAAUGGAAGCGGAGGUGAUAUUGGCUAAUCAUGCCUCCACUUUUAAUUUAAAGAUUCGAAAGAAUUUUUAUUUUAUUAAAUCCUCACUGAUUGCACAAAAAUAAACAUCUAGUGCUGUUAA